AUGCCCCCGGAUAAGAUUACGGAGCGAGAUCCAAACGAGCAGAUCUCUCCUUGCAAGGCGCAAGGUCCCCAACAAGUCCCGCCCAGGUCCCAUAACACGACCGCCUCCAAGUUGGGCAAUAAAAACAUGAGCAACUAUGGUGUCAACCGAUCGUUACCGUCCAUCAUAUCGCUCAACUCAAGAGCUUCCUCCCAUCACUCGGGGACCUGGCGCACGCGCUUUGGAUUUCGCCUCAACUAUGUCAUUCAAUGGACAUCUUGUGGAGCUUCGUAG